AAUUUCUUGACUUUUCAAUUUUCUUUGCUUCGCGUUAAACCCGAAUGAAGGUUGAUUUACAUUGUAAAAUUUGUAGUACCUUUGUCAACGGUUUUAGUAUAUUCUGGAUGAUCGUUUCUCGGGACUAACAUCACGCACAGCGAGAGAAUGUCAUUCCGCGGACGGCCCGUGCGCUCGCCGUUCGUCUCCGCAUCUACAGGCAGCAACUACGUCUACGGCGCCUCUAAGCCCCCUGCCGCGGGGCGCCCCGACCAAAAAUCCCUCGAACAAGCCUUCCCCAUCGCCACCCGCAUGGGCGGAACCGUCGUCAAUAAUUUCCCCUCGAUGCACGAGGACGCCAGUCUGGAGGCCUACCGUUCCGCUGCGUCCCACCACCAGUCGACAAAACGCCGGGUCUGCGAUGAGGAUGAUGAUGAGUAUUUUGACGAGGAUCCCGCUGAGGAACCAACGGGAGGUGCUCGCGAGAGACACGACCGCCCUGCCAGUGGCAGUCGGUCGUCCAGUGGGGUACGGCCGGAGGAGGAUGAGGAAGAGGAUCCCCUUGAUGCUUUCAUGGCGGAUAUUGCCAAAGAAACGAAGAAAUCCUCCGCCGUCAGCGCGCCCCACCGUCCCUCCACACAACCCUCCCCCGCCGUCCCCCCGCCCCCGGAUGGCGCCGCCAAAAAAGCCUACCGCGCCGACAUUGAGGAGGAGGACAACGAGGAGUCCUACUUCCGGUUCAUGCGGGAGAACCCCAACGCCGGACUGGCGGCCGGCGAGGAGGACAUCCCGCUGGAGUACGACGAGGACGGCAAUCCCAUCGCGCCGCAAAAGUCCAAACACAUCGACCCCCUCCCGCCCAUCGAUCACGCGCAGAUGGAGUAUGCGCCAUUUGAGAAGAACUUCUACCAGGAACACGAGGAUAUCGUCAAACUCAACAGCGCGCAGGUGAAUGAGCUGCGCCAGAAAUGGGGCAUCCGCGUCUCCGGCGCGUCCCCGCCCAAACCGGUGGCCUCGUUCGCUCAUUUCAAUUUCGAUGAAGCCCUCAUGAAAGCCAUUCGGAAGCUGGAGUUCACGCAGCCGACGCCCAUCCAGGCGCAGGCCAUCCCGGCGGUCCUCCAAGGCCGCGACGUGAUCGGCAUCGCCAAGACGGGCAGCGGCAAGACCGCCGCCUAUCUCUGGCCCCUGCUGAUGCACGUCAUGGACCAGCCGCCCCUCCGUCCGGGCGACGGACCUAUCGGUUUAAUCUUGGCGCCCACCCGCGAGCUGGCCCAGCAGAUCUACAACGAAGUCCGCAAAUUCGGCACCAAAGUCUACAAUCUCACCACCACCUGCAUCGCCGGUGGCAGCAACAAGCACGAGCAGAGUCAGGCGCUGAAACACGGCGCGGAGAUCGUGGUGGCCACGCCGGGACGCAUGAUCGACAUGAUCAAGAGCAAAGUGACCAAUCUGCAGCGCGUGACCUUUAUCGUCCUGGACGAGGCCGACCGGAUGCUGGAUCUGGGCUUUGAGCCGCAGGUGCGCAGCAUCUGCAACCACGUCCGUCCCGACCGACAGACGCUGCUCUUCAGCGCCACCUUCAAGAAGAAUAUCGAAAGAUUAGCGCGCGACGCUCUGCUGGAUCCCAUCCGCAUUGUGCAAGGUGAACUGGGGGAAGCCAACGAGGACGUGACGCAGUUCAUCAAGAUCCUGCCCAACGUGGAGGAGAAGUGGGCGUGGCUGUUGCGGAACAUUGUCAGCUUCACCUCCACCGGCAGUGUCCUGAUCUUCGUGACGAAGAAGGCCAACAGCGAGGACGUGGCGGCGCGGCUGCAGCGGGCUGACCACAAAUGCGGACUGAUUCACGGCGAUCUGCAUCAGACGGAGCGCGACAAGGUCCUCCAUCAGUUCAAGAAGAAGGAACUGCCCAUUCUCGUGGCGACGGAUGUGGCCGCGCGCGGGCUGGACAUUGCCAGUAUCCGCACGGUGAUCAACUUCGACGUGGCGCGGGAUAUUGAUACGCACACGCACAGAAUCGGCCGCACAGGUCGUGCCGGGGAGCAGGGCGCCGCGUACACCCUGGUGGUUCCGCAGGAUAAGGAGUUCACGCCGCAUCUGGUGCGCAAUCUGGAGGGCGCCAAUCAGCAUGUGCCGGAGAAGCUGCUGGAGUUGGCCGAGCAGUGCAGCUGGUUCAAGAAGACCCGCUUCAAGGGUGGCAAAGGGAAAAAACCGGUGGGCGGCCGCGGCAUCGGUUUCAAAGAGAGCAAAGCGUCGACGCACGAGGAGAGCGUCAGCGACAUGAUCAAAUCGGCGCGUGAUGAGGUGGGCGCCGCGUCGAGCAGCGCGCCGGGCACGAACCGGUUCGCGGCGAUGAAAGCGGUCUUCCAGAAUAAAUUCAAACAGCAGUUUGCUGCUGCGUCCUCCCCGGAGACGGGGCAGUUGCCACCCGACCGGCGGCCACCCGCUGCCUCUGAACCCGACGCCAAAAAACGCCGGACGCGCUGGGAAUAAAUUUCCCGGGAAAAUAUUCGGGAUAAUUUGGAGAAUUCGGGAAAAAUGCGGGAUUUUAUUAGGAAUAUUGGAUAAUGAACUGUAGGAAUUGUUGGCUGGCGAAGUAAGUGGAAAUCUGAUCGCCGUCCGCUGGGAGGGUCACCUAGCGCCGCGCUGCAGAUAAUUCCGGGGAUGAAUAAUCGAAAAUCUGGAUUUAUUAUUUUGGAAUUAAUUCAAAUUAAUAAAAGGAUUUAACUUUUGUUUGUACGAAUUACGUGGAAAUUGGCUGGCCGUUGGUUGUUUUAUUGCGUGUCUGUCGUGAUUUAUUGGGGUGGAUUGGCGAUGCGAAAUGCAGAUGCAAUGCUCCGGACGUAUUGAUCGUCAUUUUCUCGUGAAUUUGCUGUUUUUUUUAUUGGUGAAAUUGUUCAAAAUUGCGACAACUUUGCAGAAACAAAUUAAAUUGCUAAUAAAAUAUUUGAUUUGUCCGCACAGUAGUAUUUGCGGUCUGAUUAUUAACAACCGGCCUAUCACAAAUUUGCGCAACGUUUUUUCCAGCAAUUAGAAAUUUUUUGUGCAGUUGCCUACUGUUCCGCGAUUUUUGCGGCAUU